AUGUAUGCAUUUGAUGUCUAUGUUGGAAAAUGCAAUCAAGAUAUCCACACAGAGUUAGGAACGGGAGGUGAUGUAGUAAUGAAGCUGAUACAAAAAGCUAAUGUAACAGCUGACGCAGGCUACAGACUUCAUUUCGAUAACUAUUUUACCUCCUUCAAGUUGUUAAAUCACCUAGGAUCAGCAGGAAUUUGUGCAACAAGCACUGUUAGAGAAAACAGAUUGCUAAAUUGUCCUCUAGCGAAAAGAAAAACUUUCAAAAAACAACCCAAGUGGUCAUCUAACUUGACACUGACGUCCACAGUGUGUGUUAUGAAAUAUAAAGACAAUAAUGUUGUAACCAUUGCUUCAAAUUUCAAUUCACCAAUUAUUGGUACAUCACAGAAAUAUUCAGCAGAGGUAAAGUCUUAUAUCUCCAUACCUCAACCAACUGCUCUACAGAACUAUAAUUUGUAUAUGGGAGGUGUUGAUCUGAUUGACCAAUUGGUCGCAUCCGACUGUACACAAAUGAGGCAGAAGUGGUUGUGGCCAAUUUCCAUUCAUUUCAUCGAAGUUGUUGUAGUGAAUUCCUGCACAGACAUCUAUCAAUGA